AUGGAGGAAGAGGUGGAGACGACCCAGGUGUCGGCGGCACGCGGCCUGCGGUCAGGCAACUCGCUACGGGCUGAGAUAGCUGCCCUUAAUGGCGCUCUGGAGGCGGCACAUGCUCGGGAAAGCUCGCUGGAGGUGGCGCUGGAGACGGAACGGGCGCUGACUCGCAGGUUGAGAUCGGUGGCGGCGGCAGGUGGAUGGGAAAAGGCUGUGGGCGAGUCUUGGCGCUCAAGAGCCAUCGCUGCAAAGGCUGCUGCGGCAGAGGCCGACAAGCAACUGAAGCUUGCUGUCUCUGCCACAAACGCCGCAAACGCUGACGUCGUCGAUCUUCGCAUCGAGCUUGAAGAUGCAAAGCGGGCAAUUGCGAGCCUCAAGGCUCAGAUUGCGGUCGAUGGCGGUGGAUCGGCGCGGGCCCGGGACGAUCGCCCGCUGAGAACCACGCUGCGCGACUCGCUCAUGACGGCAGAUACGGCCCAGCCGGCUGAUGAGCGUGCACUGCCCGACUCGCGCUCGGCAGCGCACGCACGUCCUGCGCUUGCGUCAGCUCCAAAGGCGCAAGGCGUGCUCUCGCCCUCCAAGUCGGCUGUAGGUCCCGACAAGCGCCAGCCGGUGCACUCGUCGUCGUCGUCGUCGUCGUCGUCGUCGUCAUCGUCGUAUGCCACGUCGUCAGACUACGAGACGGACUCGGGCUCGACCAGCUCGACCUACGAGACUUCGACGUCGUCGGCGCCAGCGUCAGCCUCGCCUGUAUCCGCGCUGGCGCCAACACCCGCGCUGGCGCCCGCGCCUGCGCCUGCACCUGCGCCCGCGUCUGCUGCUGCUGAAGCUCCCAGUGCCAAUGCCAAUGUCGAUGCCAAUGCCGACGCCGACGCCGAUGCGUUCUCUUCAUACGACUCGGUCCAGAUGCGGUCGUUCUUCCGGUCGCGGGCAAUGACGCAGAAAUCUGUGCGGACGACAACGGCCCUGUUCAGCGUCGACCCGCGGGCGCUGUACACCUGGGACGAUUGGCUGGUCAAGACGUCGUCGCCGGCGCCGGGUGGGCGGGCGCCGCGGCUGGCGGAUCUCGGCGCAACCGGAGAGGCCAGCGCCGACAACCUGACGUAUCUCGGGCUUGGCACGGCGCGGGUGACGUACGCCCCGCCUGCCGACGGGAUGGAUGCCCUCGAUGUGCUUCCGCAGCUCCCGUUCCCGAUGGGCGCAGAGGUAGCGGUGACCGCAGUCUUUGCGUCUGGUUGGGCGCUCGGGCGGUUUGACAACACCGACGGGGUGUUCCCCAUCGGCGCGCUGAGCGUCGGCGACGAGGUCAUGGGUGUGAUGGCGCGGACGGCGCCUGCGAGCGCGGCGGCGCCGCUCCUCCUCUCGGUCGCCAUUGACCUGCCCAAGGCUGUGGCGCGUGGCGCAGACGGCUCGCAGUGCGCGGUGCCGGCCAUGGGCUACCACACGCCGCUGGACGUGGUUGAGACACUGGGGCGCAAGUUCUCGCUCUCGCCGGCGCUCCUCACUUGCUGCGCUCUGUUUGACGCCGGCAGUGGGGCGGCGCUCAACCCGUUUGCGCUCCUCUCGACAAUUGUCCCGCACCUCUCGAUGGGACCGGGGGCGCCUGGAGGCCGCGACGACGGCACGCUCGCUGGCAUUGUCCUCAAGCUUGUAGUCCGGCCGUUCCAAAUUGUGUCGCGGCUGGAUGCGCUCGACGCGCCGGGCGUCAACGAUUACGAGCUCGAUGAGGCCCGCGAGGCGGCGGCGGCGCUUGGUGCGGCAGGCCUGUCUGCGGUGGAGAUGCUGGUGGAGCUCGCGCUCGACGAGCCGGACGCGCUCGAGGUCGAUAACAUGGUCAUGGUGAGCGAGUCGGUGACGGUGGCCGAGUUGGUGACGACACUGGUCACGGGCGGUCACGUCGACACCUUUGUGCCGGUCUCAGCUCUCGGCUUCUUCUUGCCGUUCCACCAGGCGCACGCAGGGGUGGCGCCGGCGCGACCGCUCCCGCUCUCGCUCUCGCUGACCGAGCUGAGCUACUCGAUCACACACCUGAUCUUCAAGGCUGUGCCGCAAGCGCUCACAGUCGUCGACUACAACCGCACGAUUGUCUCGCUCGUUCCAGCGUUUGCGCGGCGGUUCGGCUUCCGGUUUCCGCUUGAGCUUCCAGCGGCGGCGCUUGCGGCGGCUGUGCGUGUUACGACAGCGGCAGACGGGGGCGACGAGCUCGAGCGGGAGGCUUCGCUCUUUGAGCUCGGCUUGCCGUUUGGCUCCAGCCUGUGGCUUUUCUGGGAGCCGAGCGCGCUUCCGCCGAGCUCGCCAAGCGACGACGGCGACAUCCGCGACGAGGCUGAGACGCCGACCGGCGACGUCGAGGUCGGGUCACUCAAUACGCUUGUCCGGCGGCUGACGUCGCAGCACGAGCACGACCUGCGGUUCCAGAAGAUCUUCCUUCUCACCUACGACUCGUUCACCAGCCCGCAGGCUCUCCUCCGCAAGUUGCUUGAGCGGUACCACACGCCGUUUGAGCUCUGCGGCGGUGGUGAGGCGGCGGGCAGGGGCGGGGCACUGGGCGUGCCGGCACGGCGCGGCUCACACGCGCCGUCGCCGCCCGAGUCGCCGCGGCUGCCGACGAUCGACGAGAUCGCGGCGCGAGUCCGGGCCUCGUUUGAGCCCGGAGUCCCGUUCACAAAGUCGCAGUUUGUCGACUGGCUGCUUGCGGUUCUCGCGGCGGUAGUCGAUGACGAGAUGCAAGCACUCGCACUUGGCCAAGCGCUGCACUCGGGCGAGCUGCUGGUGGAGGCGGAGGCGAGCGACACACCGCCGGCGUGGCUUGAGGCGGAGGCCGACCACGGGUACAUGCUCAACGCGGAGAAGCGGGUGUGGGAGAGCCCGUUGAGCAGCGGCGGCGAGCGGGCGGCGAGUCCGUCACCGCAGCCGUCGCCGCGUCGCAGCUGGUCGCCACAGCAAGCGCUCAACGCGUUUAACGCGGGAACGCAGUCACAGAUCCAGCUGCGCGUUGUCAACGUUCUCCGCAACUGGCUCUCAUCGCGGCCGUUCCACGCGCUCGAGCCGUCGGUUCAGGCCUCGCUCUACGCGUUUGUGGCUGAAACGCUUGUCGACGACGGCAAGGCCAAGCUUGCAGCGUCGCUCUUUGCCAAGAUCAAGACGGCGCUUGUGGACGAGCCGGAGACCAGGGUGAGGCGAAGCUUCUCCCACCGGGUGGCGCUUGCGCCUGCGGGAGGGAGCCGGAGCGGCAGCUCGGCCAAAGACACGCUGUGGGAUGCGUCGCCGGUGGCGGUGGCGCAGCAGAUUGCGCUCCUCGACUACGCGCUCUUCAAGCGCAUUCUCCCGUCCGAGUUCCUCAACCAGAACUACGCCAAGGCCGAGCGGCACUGCUUUGCGCCGAACCUCAUGUCCUUCAUCGCGCGGUUCAACGAGUUCUCGACAUGGGUGGCGACGCUAGUGGUGGCCGGGGCGACGGUCCGCGAUCGCGCGAGUCGGAUGGCCAAGCUCAUCCGGGUGGCCAAGGCGUGCUGGGAGGCCAACAACUUUGCGUCGGUCAUGGCGCUGGUCUCGGGCCUCAAUCACGUGGCGGUGGCACGGCUGCGGGCAACACGCGAGGCGCUCUCCAAGUCGGCAAGCCAGACACUGGCCUCGCUCGAGACGCUUGUCUCGGCCGAGGGCUCGUACAAGGGCCUGCGCGCCGCGCUCGCCAAGGCCAACCCGCCGUGCAUUCCCUUCAUCGGCAUCUUUAUCAAGGAUCUGACGUUCAUCGAGGAGAACCCGGACAGCAUCGACGGUGAGAUCAACUUUGCCAAGCGGAGGCUCAUGUACGACGCCAUCUCGCGGAUCACUCUCUUCCAGUCGGAGCCGUACACUUACACCCGCAUCCCCGCGCUCGCCGCCGAGCUCUCGGCCUGCGCCGGUGCCCUCGACGAUGACGCACUCUACGCCGAGUCACUCCGCGUCGAACCGCGGGCCUCGGCCGCCACUGCCGCUGCUCUCUCAGCCUCCUCCCGCGGCUCCAACUCAUCGUCUACCGGCCCACCAGCCCACCGCCCAUCGAUGACCUCCAAGUCCUCGCCGCUCUCCGGCAGUGAUGUAGAGUGAGGAGCAAGCAGUUGGGGGGGAGGGGGGAGGGGGGGGCUGUAAAAAUUGUUUCUAUGCUGA